AUGUUCUUCUUCACACAUGGUGGCAUAUCGUGGAAGUGCAGAGAAGCCGAAUGGAACAAGCGCGAGGUAUACUACGACAUGGAAGAGAAGCGUUCGUGGCCAGAGCUGCUGCAGCGGUAUUCCGCCGACCAGCUGACGUACGAGACAGACCGGCACAUUGCAUUGGAAGGUGUUGCCAGGCAGAUGAAGACAACCAUGAAAGGGUCCUACCACUUUGGAGUCUGGACACAUAUGCCAGAGUUACUACUGUGGAUGAUGAGUGGGCCAGAGUACGAGGUCAAAGGUCCAGAUGCACCAUCCUGGAGCUUUGCGAGGAGAACCGGACCGAAGUUUUACUGGAAGACAAUGGUUCAAUUUGGCUUUAACCUGACGGCGGUAAAUCACACAAAAGGCAGUCUUCGAAUCAAUGAAAUUGGAGUCUUGAGUACCACCGCACCGAUGGGAUCGCUUGUAGCAACAGAAACGAGUCGAAAUUGGAUCGCCGCCCAGAACCACGUCCCAUGGAAAUGCUCUCUAGUUCCUGAGUCCGUACUGCUGUACUUCGCGCACACGACAAGCCGUCCUGUGCUCUUUCUCUUCGAUCCCAGAGACCCUAACCGCGAGACUGCUAUUGGACUCGCCAGCUUAGACGAUGCCGCAGUUCCUGACUGCGUGUUAACAACUAGUCGAGUGAAAUGCAUUCUCCUGGUUUGCUGCGAGCGGCUCUGUAAUAUGUUCGACCGCAUAUGGGCACCGAUCAUGGAAGAAAGAAGCUCUAUACUCUUUCGUGGUAUUGACGAAGCUCAUAUUGGGCCUUCCCGUCUCCCAAGCGCAAUCCCAUCUCCUCAGUAUCUAGAAAACCCAGUUUCGAUGUUCGAAUUACCGAAACAAUUCGAGGAGACGGAAUGGACCGAGCUAAGGAAGUAUAAUUUCGUGUUUGACACGAGUAGGUUCGGAGACGAAGCGAAGUUGGCUUCUGGGCAGACUCCCAAAGUGGGAAUUGAGGGGGAGAGGGUGUGUUGGGUUAUGCUGGUGAGCGAGGUAGAAGGAAGGCAGGGGUUUUGGAAGAGGAUUGGAAUGGGUAUCUUGGGGGUGCCACCGGUAGACAUGGGGUUUGAGUACUUGGAGCUGAAUUUGGUGUAA